UGCGAAUCGACAUUGUCACGAUGGGUCGCCGCAGGUCCGCCUUCCUCGUCUUCCUCUCCGUGGCCAUCUGCGCCGUUGCUUCAUUGCACUGGGCUCCUUUUGGCACCAUCCUCGGUGUCACUGACGGAAAUGUCGAAGUCUAUUCGUGCCACUUGGAUCCCGGUCAAGAAGCGCUCGACCAAGCUAGCAACUACGUCAAUGGCACGUACACUGGGGUGCAAUGGCAAUGCGUGGAAUUGGCCCGCCGCUAUCUCCUUGUAAAUUAUGGUGUUGUAUUUGGGGACGUCGACUACGCGUUCCAAAUCUUUGACCUCGACACGGUCGACAAAGUCUCGGAUGGGUCCAAGUUUGCCUUGAACAAGUUUGUGAACGGUGGGUCCAUGCGUCCCGAGCGCGGCUCCCUCUUGAUUUGGGACCCCACUGGCGAAAUGGCUAUCACGGGGCACGUGGCUGUCGUCGUGGACGUGACCGACUCGUACGUGGACAUUGUCGAGCAGAACGUUGAGGACACGAUUUGGCCCACGGGUCAAUUGUACUCGCGCCGGCUCAAGGUAAAGCAGAACUCGUCGUCCUACUUUGUCGAGAAGUGGUACAACGAUGAGCAUCUCCUCGGGUGGGUCACCGUGGACCUUUCCAAGCCCGUAGUGCCGUUGAACUCGAUGGCGACAUCUUCGUUGCUCCCGACGUCGUUCGUCCUGUCCAUCUUGGGCGUCUCUGCUGCGGUGGCAUUCGUUGUGUUCCGCAAGCGCCGACUUCGCGACUACGACCUCGUGCAUUAGGUUGAUGGGUCGGCCGUAAGGAGCUAAAUGAUCUUUGCUUAUUGCAAUGCUUCGUGCAUGUCUGUGUGCUGCGUGAUGG